CAGUUCCAUAAAAAUAUUUUCAAAACAAUAUUGGUCAUCAUCACAGCUCACUGACUAUAAGUAGUUGCGUAAACAUUUUGUCAAUCUCAGGGAUGCUGUUUAUAAUUUUACAUUACUCCAGCAAACGAAGUACACCAAUAACUUCAAACUAAUUCAGAAUUCAUGAAUAUUUAAUUUUGAAUUCUCUGUCGCCUUUUACAGCCAGUUCUCGUGCAUUCAUCCAAAUGGAAUGAAUUAUGAAUAAUGUUCAAAAUAUAAAACAUUUUUCGUUUCAAAUUCCAUGAAUAACUACAUUUGGAUAGUGGCUUUAUGUAUCAUGGUGAUAAAUGCUGUACAAACAGAUGGACAAAAGUUAGAAAGUGAUGUGUUAUAUUUAUUCAAACUCAAACAUUUUGGAGUUACACUGUGUACAGAUGUGAAUGUAGACAGUUACUUCGAUCCCUCGAUAUUGGAUCACCAGACAUCAGUUUACUGCCCAUAUAGAACUGUUUUGCAUAUUUUGGACGCGAUAUAUAGCCCAGUGCAGAAUGAAAAUUCCUUUUGUUCAAAGUACUCCGAUUCGAAAUAUUCAGACCUAACUUUAAUUAAGCAAAAUCAUUUGUCUGAAUGUUCACCUAGAUCAAUUGGUCAGAUAGUCAAAAGAAUUUGUGAUGGUACGAAUAAAUGUGACAUAAUUAAUCAAUUGAAGAAAGAUAAUAUAACUGUAUGUUUAUAUCCAUCAAUUCUACAAGUGAAUUACACAUGCCUUCCAGUGUAUUCAAAACAAGAAGUUAUCUGCGCCGAUUCUUAUGUUGAACUCUCUUGUAAAGACUUAUCUGCUGACAUGGGACUGUUAAUACUGGAAGCCAUGCUUAAUCAAAACGUAUCGCUUGAUCCAACAUUACCCAAUGAACAACAACUGCAGAUUUGUACAAAAACUGGAACAAAUGUCAUUCCUUGUCCUUCAGUUGACUCUGUCUCGAUCAUCUCCGAUAAAUGUAAUGGACAGCUAACAUGUUCUGUUAGUCCAAAUAUUGUACUCGAAUCUCUAUAUCAAACACAAUCCAAUGAAGCAGCAUUGCUGAAUCAAAUUUCAUGUGCGAAGUCAUACUUAUACUUAAAAUAUACAUGUGUGCAUAAUGUCCUGCUAGAAAUACCUCGUCCAAUUGCAAAUCCAAAGAAAUCAGAAAAGCAUCGAGAAAAAUAUGGUAACAAGUCAAAAAAGCGGCUGAAUAAGCCGGGAAUGAAUAUCAGUAAUAACCUAAAGCUGAAUAACGUAGAUGUUGUUUUUUUCAAUGAUGACCUUGUAACUUAUUCCAGUCAGACUGAUGGUUCGAAUAUACAAACAAAUCCUCUAGACCAUACAUUAAAAAGUUCAUCCGCCACAGUCAACGAUGACAUAAUUAAUGCACUUAACGAGUUAUCAGUUUCUCCGAAAACGAAAUCAGCCCACUUUUAUCUUUCUGCUUUACUUCCUGCAAUGCUUUGUAUUGUUGUCAGUUGUAUAUUUGUAGUUGCCAUUCUGUGUCACAGAAGGCAACUAUUCAAGAGGAAACUGAAGUCUAACAACCUAUGUCGGACGAUACACAGUCCAGUUUAUUGUAAUGGACACGUUUCCUGUAACAUGACAGUUGAUAAUAAUCAUGCAAACGAUUAUCAAUCAAAUAUGCAGAUGAAACUUUCCCAAUCAACUCAUCCUAUCAAAAAGUGCAUACCUCAAUGGACAGACGAAAGGAAUUUCAUUUCAAAUCUACAGUCAUUACAGCAAACAGACUGUUCAGUCAAUCAGUUCCCUCAGUACUGUCCCGGAUGUAAUAAUGAACAGAAAGAAACAUCUGAAAUUUUUCAUUAUCAGAAUAUUUCAUAUGGUGAUGACAUUAAUAAUGACACAAACCCUUCAGUUAAAGCUAGUCCCAAUUCGAGCAGCAGAAUGCCUAGUACAGAAAAUUCAUUUUCACCGAACUGUACUGAUACCAUAAGUAAAACAGAAACUGUUUGGACGCCGUCAACUUCUUGUUUCACCCAUGGACUAUUAAACACCUCAUUGAAGCAUUAUAAUCAUUGUAAUUCUCCUUAUUUUAAUCAUCCUAAUAACCUAAUAUACGCAAACUACAACACAUGUUUAAAUAACUCGAACAGUAAACAAAGCACGCCACAAAUCUGUAUACAUAGAUCAGGGGAACAAGUUAAUGGAAUAAUAUCUCAACAGCUUUCUCCAAACAGGCGACCAGAUGCUGAUGCAAAAACUCAUUAUGAUGAAGAUAGACUUGUGCAGAAUUUACAUGAUAAGUUACAUGACCGUAAUACCCCUGAACAAGAAACAACAGCUGGUUUGCACCGAAAAUUUCCAAAUGUGUUUCAUGAAAGCGAAAGAGGGUCUUCAUGUCACUCAGGUGGACAAAUGAACUGUAAAACCAAAUACCGAUUGGCACCACCAUUGUUUAGUUCCGGAGAUGACUUAUUACCAGGAUACAUGAUGAAUACAAAAUCUCCACUUCAUCUAAAAUGCAGUGCAAUACCUGUAGUUCGAUAUCCAUACGAUUCAGACGAUGAAACAAAUGACGAUGAUUCAGCUUCUGAUGUAAAUCUGGAUAAUUUUAACCACUCAGAAAAUCUUGGCAACAAACCUGAUAUAUGCUUGACUGCAAGCAAAGGUACUUCAGACAAAAAGCACUUAGUGACAACAUCACCAAUGGUGAAUAUGCUAAGUCCCACGUACAGUCACAUAUCUCGAACAAUGUCAGAUCAUCGAGUGCAAAAUCCAGUUAGUCCUUCACUUAUGAGAAGUAUAACUUCGCAGGGGAAUCAUAAAUCCACCAGUGUAUCUGAAAACAAAUCGGAACCAUUUUCUAGAAACAGGAGUACAGGACGACAAAUAAAUGUUUCAAGUGACAAAAAGAAUUCUGAAGUUAAUUUGUGUUCUUCCCCUUCUAUUAAUGCCAAAAACCGAUGUUAUAUUUAUGACUGUAAUAAUUUAUCAGUCGACGAUAACUUUUCUAGGAGUAUGUGCGGUUCUGUUCAGCAGUAAAUUAUUGACACGCACAUUAUUUGUAUAUAUUUACAGAGAGAAUAUUGCUUGACAUUAUUUAUACUUUCUAAUAAAGGUAUCUAUAGUCUUAAUUAUUGUGAUGUUCAGCUGCACCGUGAAAUUUACGAACUAUUUGCUGCAAACACAUGUGGAUGCAUACACAUAUACCUACGCACAUGUUCAUCAUCUAUACAUACGGUGCAUACUUCACUGUCAUGAAAUUCAUUAGUAUCUCUAAGGGAAAGAAACAAAACUUUGACAACCUAACAAAACUAGAAACUUCAUUAAAUCAUCACGAAAUGUGAACAAAAUAUGUUAGAAAACACACUAACUUAAAUCAUAUUACAUUCUAAUGCAGACAAGAAUUGGGGCUAAUAUCCAUCUGACAUUUCGUUCUACAUCCAACAAACCAUCAGUGAUUCAUCAUUAUUGUCACUCCUUUCUUCAUUACAUAAAUCAGUAAAUGGGAGAAGACUAACAAAGUUAUGGGUAGGCAUGAUUCCAGCCGGCAUUCUUAUUCGUCCCGUUUUCACUUUCCUUCGGCCUACGUUUUCUCAACUUCAUUAAACUGAUAAAUUCAUUUUAGGUUUGUUCAUAUAGUUACUGUCUCUAGAAGCAACAAUACUUUUUCCAAGACAAAUCUUUCACUGACCUCUGUUUUACAGUUAUAGUUAGUAACAAAAUAGAAACGUGAUUAUACGCUUCGGUAUUUUUAACUUAAUUUCUUUUAUGUUAUUAAUAGGUGUCUUUUGAUAUAUGAACAGAUACAAACUAAUUUAAUCCUUUAUUUUGAUAUGUAAGCACAUUUCAAAGAUACAAAUAUGUUGAAAAACAAGGAUUGAAUCUGUAAAUAUUGAAGACGUG